CUCUCCUCCUCUCCAGAAAAAUCUUCAAACUUCCCAGAGAAAUCAUGAACAUCAUUAUUCAUCUUCUUCCCCAAUUUUCCUCUGUAUUUUCGCUCAAAUAUUUUCGCAAUUUCCCACAAAUUCACUCCAUGAAUUCGUCCAAAAUUACAGAUCUAGGUUCCUCCACUAAUUUUAUUCAAUGAUCUAGGGUUUUUUCCACAUAUUUUGUCAAAAGAUCAACGUUUUGCGUCUACAAAUUCGAACAAAAAGCUGGGAAUUACGGGAUGUUCAAAGAUCUGGGAUUUUCGUCCACCUCACAAAAUCGUUCAAAGAUUUGUGAUUUUCGUCCUCAAAUUCAUUAAAAGAUCUGGGAUUUUCAUUGGUUUUUCAUCUACAAGUUCGUCCAUUUUCGAUCUCUUUAAUCUCUGAUUUGUUGUCGAGGUUUGUUCAUGGAUAAAUUGGUUCAAGCUGCAGUUCAGAAAACAGAGGAAGAAAAUUUUGAUUUGUCUGACUCUGAAUAUUUUGGGGUAUGGGUUGACGAUUCUGUUGAGCCAUUUCUCGUUGUUCCUGAAACUCCAAUGGAUGAUGUAUCCGAUCCAGAAACUCCAAUCGAUGAUGUAAACAAUCCAGAAAGUCCAAUGGCUGAUUUAUAUGAUCCAAUGGUUGUUCCCGACACUCCUGAUCGUGGCAUAGCCAUGACUCUAUCUUUUUCCCGCAAGCGUAAAGGUAACGGUGAUAAGGUAGAAUCUAGCAAGAGUAAAGGUAACGGUGAUGGUAAAGAUAAGGUGGAAUCUAGCAAGCGAGGUAAGGUAUCAAACGAUGAUGUUUUUGAGAUGUUAAAAGGUUAUGUGCCUUCUCUUGAACGUCAUAUGAUGGGUGAUAGCUCUGAUAGUGAAUGAUUCUAGUUGUUGGUGUUCUUGAAAGUGAAUAAGUGUUGUUGUUGGUGGUUAGUAAAUGUGUCAAUAUGUAGUUGUGGCUAUUGUUGUGGCUAUUCUGUACUUUUGUUGCACUCUGUUGUGGCUGUUCUGUACUUUUGGUUAUUCUGUACUCUGUUGCACUCUGUUGUGGUUAUUCUGUACUCUGUUGGUGUUAUUGUGGCUCUGUAAUUGGUAAACAACCUAAAUGCUACCGUGUUCCUGUUUAAUGAAAUGUUGUUACUCUGCUUCUUCAUUCAAUGAAAUUGGUAAGGAACGUAAUUCAAUGAAAUUGUUAACCAACCUAAUUCAAUGAAACCUAAUUCAAUGAAAUUAGUAAAUGUUCCUGUUUAAUGAAAUUGGUAAGCAACCUAAUUCAAUGAAGUGUUUGGCCAUGAGAAACUAUGAA